UCCAGCUUGGCUACACGCGGAUGACGUCAUUCGUUGGAAAUGUCAAGGUAGAGUGACUGUACGCCACCAUUCCAGUGCGAGUACAGUCGAGGACGGAAGCACACUUUUGUCCAGUCAACUCGCGCUCCCAAAGAAAGAGCAGACGCACCUGGUGACGAUGCAAGGGCGAAGGCUACCCUACCAAAUAAUAGACGGAGUUCCAAGAUGUAUUAGCAUCAAUCCAGACCGGCUAAGAGAAAAUCUCAAGUUCAGAGCGCAGAACGGAGAUGUCGUGCAGUCAACGUUCCCGAAGAGUGGAACGCAUUGGUUGAUGUACAUCACGCACCUCAUACUCAGGGAGGGACAACCGAUCACCUCGUACGAGGAGUUCGCCAAAGAAUGGCGCUUCCUGGAGUACAUGGACAUCAAGGACUGGACCUCGUCUCUACCGCUCAGAACCUUCGCUACACACCUGGCGUUAGACAAGCGAUCUAUGACCGAAGAAGGCAAGUACGUCUACAUCGCCCGCAAUCCAUGGGAUGUCUGCGUCUCCUUCUACAACAUGGCGACCAACAUUCGUUCUCCGGAAUUCCAAGACGGAACGUUUGAAGAUCUCGUCGACGUUUUUGUAAGUGGCAACUUCGGCUACGGCGACUAUUUCGAACACGUAGCCGCGGGAUAUGCUCUUAGGGAACAGCCGAACGUGUUCUUCACGACUUACGAAGAACUCAAGAAGAACACGCGUGAGGUCGUGCUCAGGCUUGCGUAUUUCCUGGGAGAGAAGUAUGGCCUGGCUCUGGAAAAGGACGAAGUGUCGCUCCAAAAAAUGCUGGAAAGAUCGCAGCCCGAUUAUAUGCGGGCCGUAGUGGUGCUCGACUUGAGCGGUAAGGGUAACCCCCAGUGGGAAGAGGUGCUUUCGGGGAAGAAGAUCACCUGCAAAGAAGGCUAUGAAGGAGACAAGAACAAGUACUCGUUCGUCAGGAGUGGCAAAGUAGGAGGCUGGAAGGAUUACUUCACACCCGAUCUGCUCCGGAGGAUGGAAAAUCGGAUUCUGAAGGCUGAGAAGGAGUCCUCCUUCAUGGACCUAUGGAAGGACAUUCGAGCUGAAGCGAUAAAAACCAUGCACAAUUCCGCAUAAAUGCUUGUACUCUUAUUCUGCCGCUGUUAGCAUGGUUUUGCUUUUAAAUAUUCUCGCAUGGCAGAAUUCAUUCGCUAAAAGGGGCGACCGGCUCCUAAUAUUUAUGGCUGGAAUAAACUUGAUAGUGGACGA